GCACACCCACGCAUGCGCGUGUGACAGCUCAACUCCUCUCUACCUCUAUGCUGCUGAGCUAUAUAGCGAAGGCUCUGCGCUCUCGAGUAAUGGGCUCCGAGCUACAGACCAAGUACCAGCGACUAGCUCAAGAGUACGCAAAGCUAAGGAGCCAUGUUGAUGUGCUAAAGAAGGCUGUAACAGAGGAGAAGUCCCUCAGAGAAUCACUGCAGGAGAGUGUUAGAGAGAAAGCCUUGUCUCUAAGGAAACAUGUACAGGAGAAUGAGUCACUGGAAUUCAGGAACCAACAGUUGAGUAAGAGAGUAGAGAUGCUGCAAGAUGAUCUUGGUAGCCCUCUCUCCAGGAGGAAAAAGAAGGUGGGAGGAGGUGCUGGAGGGCCUAAUGCAGUGGAUGGAGUGGUGGGCACCGUCUCUGGUGACGUACAGACCCAGGAACUAGCUGCCAAGAUUGCACAGAAUGAACAACUCCACCUCAAAGUCUCAGAGUUGGCUCAUGAGUCGCAGAAAUCUGCCGCUGCUCUUCAAACAACAAGAGCCAAACUCGAAUCUGAUAUGUCGUCAUUCAGUGAGGAAAUGGAACAAAAAGAGAGAGAACACAAGACGGAAGUAGAGGCCAUGACAAACAACAGAGCCAUGUUGGAGGCAAAGUUAGCCAAAUACAGCAGUGAGCUGAAAUCACUAAAGAAUACACUGCAGAGGGAGCAAGAGCUAAGUGGCAGACUCCGGGAGUCUUCUCCCAUUGGUUUGGUUGGUUCCGAACGACAACCUGAAACUGGUAAAUUCUUUACAUGUAGAGUGCGAUGAAAACAUUUACUAAUUUCACUUACUGUGCAUACACUAGUCCAAAAACUGAUCCUAGAGGCUUGUUUUUUCUAAGCACUGAUUCUUUUGCCUGCGCAAUAACCAAAAACUCCCAUUCUUUGAUCAAGCUUUCCCACCAUAUUUCAUAGCUUUUCGCACGCAAAUAUAUUCUGACAGUAUAACUUCUCCACUCAUUUUGAAACAGCCAUUUUUAUCGUAUAAUGUACAUAUGCAGUUUCAUCAUAUUGACACCCUGUACACAUGUCCCUGCAGUCCGACGUGAGACGUAUGCGGCUCUGAAUGUGCCAGUGGUGGAUGCCAAGUUGCAGGGAAGGGUCCUGGUGUCCCUGCGAGCCAGCCUCGAGCUGGUCACCUCCUUUGCCACCCAGCUAUCCACCCUCCACUCCUAUCUACAGCAGCGCUGCAAGACAUAUCCCAUAGAUACCAGCACUGGUGUGCAGAUUUCAACUGUCAAUCAAAAACUCUGCAAACUGUUGCACAGUUCCUCGUCAUCCUACACCAAGCCUCUUGUCUCUGCCUUCUCCCAGUACAGUGGGAAACUACAUGCCAACCCUUACUCCACUCCGACUGGCAGUAGUGACCUGAUGGAGUUUGCACUGGCUCACAGGAGACUGGUGGCCUACUUGGACACCCUUACCCCAUAUCUCCAGAUCAGUUUGCAGGAGGAGUGUGGAGAGAGUGUGUGUGGGGUACAGUUGACAGACAUCAACAUGCAGAUCAGCAACACUCUCCCGCGACUAGUGGCUGCUUUCUCCACUGCUGACAAUUACCUGUCACUCCUGGCUAGAGGUCCAGUGGAGGGUGUUUCAGUUGCCAGCCUUCCUGUGUGUCUACAGAGACUGAAGAUAAGUAUCAGAGAUCUGCACAGUGUGCUAGAAGCCCUGCACAACCUCUACUCCUCCAAGAUUA